UACCGAAGCGCAAGUGAAAGAGAAAAGGGCUACAAUCUCAGGAAGGCAGCGCUGUCUUGUCCACCUCGCAUCAAAAGACGAUCGUGGCGGCGCACCAAAGACAAAACCCUAGCUCAAUCCCGCCGCCACCCCAGAUUCUUCCUGUGUGACAGUUCCAUGGCGCUGUGCUCUCCCUCUAACACUCUCCGGUGUCGGUGCGGAUGCAGGUGCCAUGAUCUCGAACCCCGUGAUUCGCCGCCGGCGGACUCUCCGCUUCCCACCUCUCAGGGUGGAUCCAACAAUGGAGCCAAAGCUGAUGUUGCUAGGAAGAAGGAUGUUGAUCAUUUGUUGGCAAAAUUAGAGAAGGAGGGAGUGGAGAUAGAUGGCAACAUAUCUAGUAUUAUUGAUGAUGAGAUAGCUAGAAUUAAAGCUGAAGCUGAGAGGGAGAACAUGAAUGAAGAAAAAAGGAAGAGGACUCAAGCACUGCUCACUAUUGCAGGUGUUGUUGUUGGUUUCGUCGUGGGUGUGAAAUGUGAAAUAGAUAAAUACCGUAAGGCAUUUGACAAGAUAUAUGGAAGACCCAGUAGGUAAUCUUAGGAAAACACUGUUGGCUAAUUAUGGUAUGCAAAACCUAUACUUUUGUUUCGUGCUAUAGUGUGGUUUUUGGCAUGUAUAAUGUAACUCCUACUCCCUCCGUCCGAAAAUACUUGUCAAAGAAAUGAAUGUAUCUAGACGUAUUUUAGUUUUAGAUACAUCCACUUUUAUCCAUUUCGGCGACAAGUAUUUCCGGACGGAGGGAGUAUUUGGUAACGCCGCUUAGCUGUUCUAAGUUGCGUGGAGUAGGUGUUGUAAGUAUUGCAUGCGGGUCAAUUAAUGUUUGGUAAUUGUGUGCGAUGA